AUUGGAUCCAUCGUCACACAACAGCAGGCACAUGGCCGUAAGUCAGAGUAACUAAAGCCUACAGUACACUCACUUAGCAGCAGACCAGAAACUUUUCAGAGCCGGCUAGGAGAUUGCAAAAUAACUUAGCCUCUCGCUUUUUGGCUGUACUCAGUUUCCCUGGUGACGUGAAGCGGUCGCUCACGUUGUCCUCUUAGGUUUGCGGUUUGUCAGAGUUUUACUCCCACCGUGUGUGUUUGUUUGUCUGUGUGGAGUCCACUUCAUUCAUCAACUAUACACCACCUUGCCUUGUUUUACCAGAAUGCAUCUCACUACAGAGGAGAAAAUAGAGCUGGGACUCAAGGAGCAGGGGACAGUCAAUCCUGCAUUCGGGGGCAAAGACAGUAAUGAACAGCCACAGCUGACAGUUGACGUUGGGGAGCCACACAUAGAGGCCCUGGAAGAGACUGCGGACAAAGGUGUAGAUUUGGUUUACUCCCUCAAUGACAGGCCGCCGUGGUACCUCUGCAUUCUACUUGGCUUCCAGCAUUACAUCCUCGCAUUCGGUGGCAUCAUCGCAGUCCCGCUGAUCCUGGCAGAGCCCCUUUGCAUAAAGGACAACAACGUCGCCAAAAGCCAGCUCAUCUCCACUAUAUUCUUUGUGUCGGGAUUAUGUACGCUGCUGCAGACAACUGUCGGUACCAGGUUACCAAUCCUCCAGGGUGGGACCUUCAGUUUCAUCACUCCAACCCUGGCCAUUCUCGCUCUGCCCAAGUGGCAGUGUCCAGCCCCAAAAACAUCUGUCAUGCUGUCCAUGCAGCUGCAGAACGGCACCAGUCCGCUGCAAAUGGAAAAUAAUGAGGAGGUCUGGAUGUCACGAAUGCGUGAGAUCCAGGGAGCAAUCCUGGUCUCCUCUCUGCUCCAGAUCGUCCUGGGCUUUUCUGGGUUGGUGGGCCUCGUGCUGAAAUACAUCGGCCCGCUGGCUAUCGCUCCCACCAUCAACCUCAUCGGCCUGUCACUGUUCAUUGAGGCUGGAAAGAAGUCUGGAGGUCACUGGGGAAUAGCUGCUCUCACGGUCUUUCUGAUCCUCCUGUUCUCUCAGUAUCUCAGCAAAGUCGAUGUUCCAAUGAUUGCUUACAAAGAUAAGAAGUGGAAGGUUUUCCAGUAUCCUCUCUUCAAGCUCUUCUCUGCUUUGUUCGGGAUGUGUGGCGCCUGGCUGGUCUGCUUCUUACUGACCAUCUUUGACGUCUUUCCUUCAAAGUCUGAUGAGUACGGUUUCUCAGCCAGGACCGACAUCAGCCUAGAUGCUGUGACAAACUCCCCUUGGUUCCAUGUGCCUUACCCAGGUCAAUGGGGUGCGCCCACAGUGAGUGUGUCAUCAGUGUUGGGUAUGAUGGCAGGCGUUUUGGCGUCUACCAUGGAAUCAAUCGGUGACUACUAUGCAUGUGCUCGCUUGUCUGGCGCCCCUCCUCCACCGACUCACGCUAUAAACCGAGGUAUCGCCGUGGAGGGCAUUGGCUGCAUCCUGGCUGCACUGUGGGGAACUGGAAACGGCACCACCUCCUACAGCCAGAACAUCGCUGCACUUGGAAUUACCAAGGUUGGCAGCAGAUUGGUCCUCCAGACGACCGGCAUUCUGAUGAUGGUCUUGGGGAUCUUUGGGAAAUUUGGAGCAGUUUUUAUCACCAUCCCAGACCCGGUCAUUGGAGGCAUGUUCCUCGUUAUGUUUGGAAUGAUCGCAGCAGUGGGGAUAUCCAACCUCCAGUAUGUGGACCUUAACUCGUCCCGUAACCUCCUCAUUCUCGGCUUCUCUACCUUCAGCGGUCUUGUUUUACCUACCUGGUUUCACUCCAAUCCCAGCAUCAUUGACACAGGAAUAAAAGAGCUAGACCAAGUGAUUGUAGUGCUCUUCACCACACACAUGUUCAUCGGAGGAUUCUUUGGGUUUAUCCUGGACAACACCAUUCCAGGCACUGAAAAAGAGCGGGGCAUCAAGAGCUGGCAGGACAAGGUGCAAGGGGAAGGUAAAAACAUGUGUGACCAGUCAUGCUAUGAAAUCCCUUUCUGCAAGAGUGUUUUGAAGCGGUUUAGAUGUUUCCAGUACCUGCCCUUCCUCCCUUCUUACAAGACCAACCAACAGGGGACAUCCAAGUAACUUAUAGUUGCUGAUGCUGGCCCUAUAAAACCAAACAGUCUUUGGUGAGCAUUGAAAAAAGAAAGUAAAACGAGGAAAUUGCAUCAAAAUGUACUUCUAUUCUCACUUAAGCAUUGUUGGCACAAAAGUGAACAAGACAUUAUGUUGUUUAAUUUCCUCUACAUUAUUUUUGUUGAUAUAAAACCUCACUGUCUUAACCACUGAGCCACUUUGACGUCUUUCUGCUCCAGUUUCCUCCCACAGUUCAAAAACAUGAAUGUUUGUUCAUUGGAUAAAACAAAAUCGAAACCCUAAAAUGUUUAAUCUUUAAAACAAAUAUAACUGGUUACUGUUUGCCUUGCCUUGCCUGGGUAGUGCACAUGGCACCUUUAUGCAGCCUGCAGUUGACUAGCUGUGGCUUUAACCUUCAGUGUGUGUCUGAAACCGCCAUUCAGACUGGACUGCCACUGCAGACAUAAGGGUGCUGAUGUGGGACUGGUCUGGGCCUCUCUACAAUGAGUAACAUACAACUCUGAGGGAAUAAAAAAUAUAACAAUCCACAGUGACUGAGGUUCUGUUGACUAAAUAAUAAAUACUCUAAAUGUUAUAACGUUAAGUUAAAUUACUGUGUCCUUAAAUAUAGUAAAACACUUAUUUAAACUUUUUAUUGAAUUUAUAGAAUAAAGUUGAGCUGCUGUGUCUCCUUACAGUUGGAAUUCAACAAAAUAAACCCCAUUUCUAGGUUAAUAAAACAUUUGCAGAGCCUGAACAAGCAACGAGCAGCAUGAUACACUUAAGAAGAAUCAUCAGUCCGCAUGAAGAGCUUGCAAAGACAUUAAUUACACACUCCUUUAUUUGUGAAAGAGAUUUUUGAAGAACAUUUUGUCAGUUUAAUUUUUUUUAACAUCUCUUGGGUAUGCAAAGCUUUCUGAGACUUUCUGCAUGCACCAACUCUUUGCAUUACCCAUGUUUCAAAAUGCCCCUCGUCUUUUUUGGACAACAGCCGAGUGACUUUGAUGUAGAAAUACAUUUAUGUAGGCUAUGCUCAAUAAACAAAGUCAGAAAAACACUGGUGUAAAGACUGAGUCAGUAUGCAAUUAUGUGUGUCAUGAAGCUGCUCUGAAGCCACUGUUCAGGUGUUACAAAUGUGUUGUAACCCAUAAAUUUUCAGUAGGAUCAUUACUACCUCAUCAAGAAUAGUAACUUACAGAAACAGAUAAUUAAUGUAAGGCUUUUUCAUAAAAAAAAACAUUAUAAUAUGUCUUUAAAAGAGCUGUUUUUAUUAACCUUAUUAAGGUUACUGCUUUAUAUAUUUCAUUUUGUGUUUUGUCACUGUAUAGAAGUAAAUUUAAAAUCUUUUAAUAUAAUGCUUUUACAUUUAAGAAUAUACUGUAUAUGUAAUUUUACUAAUUUUUGUAAUACAAUGUUGAAUGACAAUAAAAGAUUGUUGUUAAAUAGA